UCUCACUGCUAGGGUGAUGCAGGCGUAUAAAGGCAGAGCCGGCUUCCCUCCUGGGGCUCAGUCUGCGGCUGGCACAGCUGGAUUUAGCUGCCGCAUGAAAGAGGAGUUCCACAGCCAGGGCGGCCCAGCCAUUCCACUGCCCACCAUGCAGCAGAACCUGAACUAUGUCUACCCCCAGAUCUUCUGGGUGGACAGCUGUGCCAGUCCCACUUGCGCUCCAUCGGCGCCCGUUGCCACCUGCCCGCCGCCCGUGCCGGAGAGGAGGAGGAGAAAACAGAGCAACAAGAGGGAUGGCACAUGCCUCUGUUUCUUGGUGGUGUUUUUGCUGGUCCUGCUGGCCCUCGCUGGAGUGGGGCUGGGGAUGUUUCAGAUUGUCCAGCUGCAGAAGGAACUGGCUGAGCUCCGAGAGUUAACCAGCACCGGACAUGUUUUUUCAUCUAUGGAGAAGCGCAUAGGACUUCUGAAUGUAACAGCAGAGAAGAAGGUGAUCAGGAAGGCAGCACAUUUAACAGGCAAAGCUGAUCAGAAAGCCCUUCCUCUGGAAUGGGUGGCCACCCUCGGGCACGCCUUCACCUCCAACAUUCAGUACAGACACCGCAGCCUGGUGAUCAAUGAAACAGGCCUGUACUUUGUGUACUCCAAGGUGUUCUUCCGAGGCAAGAUCUGCAACAACCUGCCCCUAGACCACAUAGUUUUCAAACAAAAUCCAGCCUACCCAGCUAGCCAGGUGCUGAUGGAGGACAGAAAGAUGAACUACUGUGCGGCUGGGAAGAUGUGGGCCAGGGGCAGCUACCUGGGGGCAUUGUUCAACCUCACCAAAUCAGACAGCUUGUAUGUCAAUGUCUCCGAAACAGCCCUGGUUAAUUUUGAGGAAUCAAAGACGUUUUUUGGUUUAUAUAAACUUUAGAGCUGGCCACCAAAGUGUUGCUCUCAGCAAAUACGCACUCAGGGCUGAUACUAACAUGAGUUGGGUACUGUACGGCAUAAAAAAUAUUCUGUCCAUGGGACUAGUCUAAUACUGUGCUGGGCUAGCAAGGAUCUAGCUGGAAGAUGCCCACCAAGCAUCCCUUGUUUGCCCUUUGACAUGUGACAGCCAAACUGACUUGGAAAUGGAUCUCCAAGGAUUAAAACUUUCACCUUGUGAACUACUUGGAUCACCCUAGGAGAACCUUACGUGUAGCUGAAAAAGGCCUCCUUUAAACUCACUACUCACUCAAGGAGAGUGUUUACUGCCUGAGAAGAUGAUGAUGCACUGGGCCCAAUUCUGCUCUGUUACAUCUAUGAAAAUUCCGUUUUACCCUACUAAGGACAGCAUUUGGGCAAUUGCAGAGAUGGUGUUUGUGUGUAUCUCCACAGGACUGGGGAGUUCACUGCCUGGCGCUGGAUGCGAUCAUUGCUGGGGGGUGCGGGGGGGAUUUAUAUUAUGUAUGACCAUUUAGCACCUUAACUCUUUGCUUUUGGAGGUGCUCCAAGUGUCUGCAGGGUAUGUCAGAGGAGUAGAGGUUUUUUUAAGUUAUUUGUCAUUUUUAUCCUCAAAUGUAUCCCCUUCCCCUCCACACAUUUGACUUAAAAAUUGGCGUAAUUCCCAGGACCAGAUUUUAUUCCCAGGGCUCAUCUGGGCCAUGUUCUAUAGAGGAUAACAAGCAAUAAUUACAUGGAAAAUGUGGUAUACAGAAGUGUGGAGGGAGGGAAGACCCUGUCUUUAACUGCUUCUCUGCCAAA